AUGGCUGUUGAGGAUUACAGUGAAGCCACAGGGUCAAACGCCUCUGUUGCAGCUGCCGAUUGCAGUCUAAAAGGCGAUGCACAAUCUAAACCAGUGAUUGAACUCAAGGAGAUAUCUUCCUUUGGCAAUGACCAUACACCUAAGAUCAGGAAACCUUACACAAUUACAAAACAAAGAGAAAAAUGGACAGAGGAAGAGCAUCACAAGUUCCUUGAAGCCUUGAAAUUGUAUGGCCGAGGUUGGCGUCAAAUAGAAGAACAUGUAGGCACCAAAACUGCAGUUCAGAUUCGAAGUCAUGCUCAAAAGUUCUUCUCUAAGGUAUCUAAGGAGUCGAGCGGACCAAGCGAAGGCUCCAUCACACCAAUUGAGAUACCUCCUCCGCGGCCUAAGCGGAAGCCCGUGCAUCCUUAUCCACGUAAAUCAGUCGAUUCUCUCAUUGGAUCACCAGAAAGGUCACCGUCCCCGCAUUUUUCAGUUGCUGGGAAGGGCCAAGAAUCGCCUACUUCAGUAUUAUCUGCACUUGGUUCAGAUAUACUGGGGUCUGCAGCUUUGGACCAGCCUAGCAGAUCUGCAACCCCAACUUCAUGUACCACUGACAUGCGCUCAACCGUCUUAUCCCAUGUUGAAAAAGAGAAUGAUUACAUGACAUCCAACUCAUCCACUGAAGAAGUGAAAGAGUCCGUGCCAUCAGUUCAGUUAUCUGCCGACUCAACUCCGGAAAAAUUUGCGUGCAUGAAACAUGGAUCAGGUUCCAAUCACAUUGUGAGUACAGAAGGAGAUGCUGGCAGUCCAAGAGCUUCCCCAAGUAUUAAGCUAUUUGGAAGGACGGUUUUGGUAUCAGACUUGGAUAGACAAUCUCCACCUGGUAGUGUUACCAAGGAUUCAAAGGCUAAACAAGAGAAUUGUCAGAGGGAGAAUGAUAAGCUUGCUCAAACAUUAAGAUUGGAUGAGUUAGACACGCGUUUGUCACUCGGUGGAAUUGUGGAACACCAAAAACAGAGCCCUAAUUCUCAGAAAGUUAACCCUGAUGCUCCUCCGCCAUGGUGGUUUAUGCAUGAUGGUUUAAUACCAUUUUUUCAAGUCAGAUCAUGUAACCAAAACUCAGUUCAAAUACAGGCCAAUUCUUGUGCGGAUGAAACAAUGAAAGAGACGGAAACGUCUUUAUCACACGAUGGUUCAGUUAGUGCAGUGGAAAUUUUAGCAGAGAAGCAUUUAGAGGCUGCUGAUGCGUUAUGCGAAGAGACUCGAUCUCUCCCUUGCAGUUCAAGAAAGGGGUUUGCACCAUACAAAAGAUGCUUAGCAGAUAGAAAUAUGAACUCAUCAGGAGAGAUGAGGGACAGACAGCGGGCUCGUGUCUGCUCAUAG